AUGUUUGCUACCGGUAUCAGCAAAGGCCUUAUAGGAGUGGCUUUGCCCAUAAGAUCCAUUCAUGGGUCAAUGCGCGGCCCAAUUCAAACGGUAAACAAACUGCCCUUACGGGCAGUUUGUUUGGCCUCUUUUAAGCCAAGUGUCAGAAAUUUCCAUGUCUCUUCCUGUCUUAGAUCUGAAAUUGAACAAGAGAAAAGUACCCCUCCAGUGGGUCUGGUAAAGACCAGUGGAUUUACCAGUAAACUGGGCAAACUGGUGAAAUGGUCCAUUUUCACCGCUGGUAUCGUUGCCUCUGGUGUUGGUGCUAUCAUUAUCGGGUUCUUUAUCUACGAUUCCACCACUUAUAAGUCAUGCGGUACUGCCGUUGAGAUCAAAGUGCCAAAGUUGGCUCUUAACCCAGAACUCGGUGGUCCCGAGAAUUUGCCCAUCUUACGAGAAACUUUGGACGCGUAUGACUCUGAAAUGAAGGAAUUGACCUCGUAUAAGCCAAAAUUGGUCGUCUUGGGGUCCGGUUGGGCAAGUGUUGGUUUGUUGAAGAAUUUGAACCCAGGUGAUUACGACGUUACCGUUGUGUCCCCUCAAAACUAUUUCUUAUUCACUCCGCUUUUACCAUCUGCUGCUACAGGUACGUUAGAAGUGAAGUCUUUGAUGGCUUCGAUCCGUAAGAUCGUUAACGACGUCAAUGGUCAUUAUUUGGAAGCGUAUGCUGAAAAGGUGGAAUUUGAUGAGAAAUUGAUCAAGGUAUCCCAAAUUAAUACCAAGACCGGUGCCAAGGAUUCCUUUUAUUUGCCUUACGAUAAAUUGGUCAUUGCUGUUGGAUCCACUUCAAACACCCACGGUGUCGAAGGUUUGCAAUAUUGUUCUCGUUUGAAAACUGCAGAAGAUGCUAUCACUCUAAGAAAGAAAAUUAAAACGUUACUGGAAAGAGCUUGUUUACCUACCACGUCUGAUGAAGAGCGCCGUAGGUUGUUAAGUUUCGUCGUUUGUGGUGGUGGCCCCACCGGUGUUGAGUUUGCCGCAGAAGUUUUCGAUUUGUUGAAUGAAGAUCUACCAAGUAUGUACCCUCGUAUCCUAAGGCAACAAUUAUCCGUCCACGUCAUCCAAUCAAGAUCCAACAUCUUGAACACUUACGAUGAAAAAAUCUCCGAGUAUGCAACACAAAGGUUCAGAAAGGAAACUAUCGAUGUCUUGACCAAUUCUCGUGUUGAACGUAUCUUACCUGAUCGUGUCAUCUUCAAACAGAAAGAUGAUAAGACUGGAGAAGUUGAAUUGAAGGAAAUCCCAUUCGGAAUCUGUUUAUGGUCUACUGGUGUCUCCCAGAACCCAUUGACGAAACAAGUGGUGCAUUCUUUGGCUCAUUCCCAAAGAAACAAAAGGGCCAUUGAAACUGACUCGUACUUAAGAGUUAUCGGUGCCCCUACUGAAGAUGUUUAUGCUAUCGGUGAUUGUUCUACCGUGAGAACAGAUUUGGCCGACCAUACUGCCGAUUAUAUCAGAAGAUUCAUCGUUAACAGACAUUUGUCUCUGACAAGAAGUAACGAGAUCAUUACCGAUGAAGAUAUCAAGCAUUUAUCCCUUUCUUACAACGAAAUUAUCGAUAUUGCAAAGCAAGUGGCUCGUAGACAUCCACAGACUAGAGAACAUUUGAUCCAUUUGGAAGACGAUCUACCGAAAUAUGAUGUUAACAAGUCGGGUCAAUUGAAUUUUGAUCAAAUCUCUACCUUGUUACGUGAAGUUGAGACUAAGGUUACCUCUUUACCAGCAACAGCUCAAAGAGCUCAUCAACAAGGUAAAUACUUGGGUAAGAAAUUGACUAAGGUUGCUAGAUCUGCCAAUAAGGACAGCAUCCAAGGAAUCCACGAAAAGGGUAUCGAUGAAAAGGUUUAUAGACCUUUCAGAUACGUCCAUCUAGGUUCCUUAGCCUACAUCGGUAACUCUGCCGUGUUUGACUUGCCUGGUUACUCUUUCGUUGGUGGUUUGAUUGCUAUGUAUUUGUGGAGAUCCAUUUACUUUGCCCAAACCGUUUCUUGGAGAACAAGAGUCCUUUUAUUCAUGGAUUGGUUGAAGAGAGGUAUGUUUGGUAGAGAUAUUCUCAGUGAAUGA